AUGGGGGAACUCAUUGACCAGCAGCCGCUCUUUCCCGGAGAUAAUGACAUUGACCAACUUUACAAAGUCCAGCUCGUGUUGGGGCCCAUCACCGACCAGCAACUCAAGGCCCUCGAAGCAAGCCCCCGAUACGCCCAUGUAAAGUUUCCGCCGCUGCCGCCGCCUGAAGGGCUGCACAACAGAUACGCCGGCCGCUUCGAUAAAGUGGCUCUGGACUUCCUGCAGCGGCUGCUGCUGCUGGAGCCGCAGCAGCGGAUGACAGCAGCAGAAGCGCUGCAGCACCCGUAUAUAUCUUACCUAGAGUCUGCAGCGCCGCAGCAGCUUCUGGGGUCAGUUCAUCGCAAGCGCAAAUUAAAAUUCGUAAAAACUCAAUCAACAAAGGGGCCCCUUCAGGGGCCCCCAAAGAAGGUGCAGCAGCAGCAGCAGCAGCAGCAGCAGCAGCAAGUAGCAGCAGCAGCAGCAGCAGCAGCAAGUAGCAGCAGCAGCAGCAAGCUGUUGCUUUUCUGA